AGGGGGAACACUGGGUCUUUACAUCGACUGACUGCGAGAAGGGGGAGACGCUCCAUCGCGCGCAGGACAACAAUAUCUAUCUAGACCCGGAGACCUCUCCGUUCUUUUGAAAAUACAAAAUAGCAACCUUGCUUGUACCGUUGGCGGUCGGAAGAGUGUGAGAGAGUGCCUUUCUUUUGCUCGUUUUGUUUACGUCAAGGGGACUGAAGUUUACGGAGGCAGUGGUUCUCUCCGCGCAAAUAGGCUACAACAAUCGUAACUCGAUCUCCCCUCGAUUUGUGUCGUCUGUGGUUGGUAGGGUCCUCAGUAGUUACACAUGUGUGGUUGUCAUUGCUGGACGGUGUCAUGCUCGAAUCCUCUGCUUCUUGCACUGCGCUGUCCUCUUCUGUUGAGUGAUCAGACAGUCUUCACUGUUGUUCCCGGGCAGUGAAUACCUGUCAACACCCCGUCGGCGACAUUGAAAACAGCGACGCAUUCCCUAGAAGUUGGAGCAUCGUUUGGUGAAGUUUUGACCCACCGGUACUGAACAACAAUGGGAUUCUAAUCGGACAAAUCCACGCCAGGUAGCCGAGCCUAAGCGGAGCGGGUUGGGCGGACCCUCCCUCCUCCACCUCCCCCCUCCCCAUCCUCCUACUCCUCCAGCGUCCCGGUCCGUGCUGUGUUUGUGUCUAUCCGCCGGGUUCGGCGAAGCAUGCUGGCAGUAUGGACGUGAAGGAACGCAGGCCCUACUGCUCGCUGACCAAGAGCAGGCGCGACAAGGAGAGGCGCUACACGGGCUCGUCCGGCGACAGCGAGGAGUGCGGCAGUGGUGGCGGCGGUGGCCCGGGACCGAGGGUACCCACCCAGAAGUCGUACAGCUCCAGCGAGACGCUUAAGGCCUUCGACCACCAGGACUCUUCCAGACUAUUGUACAGCAGCAGAGUGAAGGAGAUGGUGCACCGUGAACAGGACGAGUACACCCGACAAGGGCAGAACUUCAACCUGAGACAACUGGGGAUCUGCGAGCCGUCCGCGCGCCGCGGCCUGGCCUUCUGCUCCGAGAUGGGCCUCCCCCACCGCGGCUACUCGGUCGGCGCCGGCUCCGACGUGGACACCGAGAACGAGGGCGUGAUGUCACCGGAGCGUGCCAUGCGGCUGUGGGGCCGCGGGGUGAAGUCGGGCGGCCGGAACUCGUGCCUGUCCAGCCGGUCCAAUUCGGCCCUGACCCUCACCGACACAGAGCACGAAAACAAGUCGGACAGCGAUAAUGAGCAACCGCCCAAUCACCAUCAGCAGGGCCAGUCCACGCUGCCGCCAGCCCCGCCUCCCCACAAGCAGCAGCCGUCGGUCACCGCGCUCAACCACAACUCCCUGAGCAGCCGCAACCGUAACCCCAGCCCGGCCCCACCGGCCGCCCUCCCCGCCGAGCUGCAAACCACACCCGAGUCCGUGCCGCUGCAGGACAGCUGGGUCCUGGGCAGCAAUGUGCCACUGGAGAGCAGGCACUUCCUCUUCAAGACAGGCACCGGCACGACCCCUCUGUUCAGCACGGCUACUCCAGGCUACACCAUGGCAACAGGCUCCGUCUACUCGCCGCCCACGCGGCCCCUACCCAGAAACACCCUCUCCCGCUCCGCCUUCAAGUUCAAGAAGUCCUCCAAGUACUGCUCGUGGAGAUGCACGGCUCUCAGCGCCGUGGGACUGUCCGUCCUGCUGUCUGUCCUGCUCUGCUAUUGCAUAGCCAUGCAUCUGUUUGGUCUGAACUGGCAGAUGCAGGAGACAGAGGGCUACGGCUUUGAGAACGGUCAGGGGAGGUCAGACACCACACCCAACACCAUCACCGCACUGUCUGCUGAUAACGGUAAACUAGGGGUGUUCCUCCAGGAGAACAACACCAUAGACACGGGGGAGGUGGACGUGGGGCGCAGGGCCCUUCAGGAAGUCCCACCAGGGAUCUUCUGGCGCUCCCAGCUCUACAUUGACCAGCCGCAGUUCCUCAAGUUCAACAUCUCAGUGCAGAGGGAUGCGUUGGUGGGGGUCUACGGCAGGAAGGGCCUGCCCCCCUCACAUACACAGUAUGACUUUGUGGAGCUGCUGGAUGGCAGUCGCCUGAUCACCAAGGAGAAGCGCGGGCUGGUGGAGGUGGAGGGCGUGUCAAGGCGGGCGCGCUCGGUGAGCGUGCACGAAGCGGGCUUCAUCCAGUACCUGGACUCUGGCAUCUGGCACCUGGCCUUCUACAACGACGGGAAGAACUCAGAACUGGUCUCCUUCAACACCAUCGUCAUAGAGUCCGUUAUGGAGUGUCCCCACAAUUGCCAUGGCAACGGCGACUGUCUGUCUGGAACGUGUCAUUGCUUCCCAGGGUUCCUUGGGCCUGAUUGCUCAAGAGCUUCGUGCCCCGUGCUGUGCAGUGGUAACGGCCAGUACUCCAGGGGUCGCUGCCUGUGCUUCAGUGGCUGGAAGGGGACCGAGUGUGACGUGCCCAGCAACCAGUGCAUAGACAUCCACUGUGGGGGACACGGCAUCUGUAUCAUGGGCAUCUGUGCCUGCAACACCGGAUACAAGGGAGACAACUGUGAAGAAGUGGACUGCCUGGACCCUGGCUGUUCGGCCCAUGGUGUGUGUAUCCAUGGGGAGUGCCACUGUAGCCCGGGCUGGGGGGGCACCAACUGUGAGACCCUCAAGACCAUGUGCCCCGACCAGUGCUCCGGCCACGGCACCUACCAAAGCGAAAGCGGCACCUGCACCUGCGACACCAACUGGACCGGCCCCGACUGCUCUGUCGAGGUGUGUGUGGUGGACUGCGGCCCCCACGGCGUGUGUUUUGGGGGCAGCUGUCGUUGCGAGGAGGGCUGGACGGGUACAGUCUGUGACCAGAAGGCCUGCCACCCCAUGUGCACUAAGAACGGAGUCUGCAAGGAGGGCAAGUGUGAGUGCAACCAGGGCUGGACCGGAGAGCACUGCAACAUCGCUCACAAUCCGGAUAUUAGAGUCAAAGGAUUUAAAGAGGGCUGCCCAGGCCUGUGUAACAACAAUGGUCGCUGUACCCUGGACCAGAACGGUUGGCACUGCGUCUGCCAGUCCGGGUGGCGUGGGGCGGGAUGCGACGUCGCCAUGGAGACCCUCUGCACCGACGGCAAGGAUAACGAAGGAGACGGCCUGGUUGACUGUAUGGACCCAGACUGUUGCCUCCAGACAUCCUGUCAGACCCAGCCGUACUGCCGCGGCUCCCCGGACCCCUCUGACAUCAUCAGUCAGAGCCCGUCCAGCCUGAUGCCCCAGCAUGCCGCACGCUCCUUCUACCAACGCAUCCGCUUCCUGGUUGGACCAGAGGGCAGCCACGUCAUCACCGGGGACAACCCCUUCAACAAGAGCCUGGUGUCCAUCAUCAGAGGCCAAGUCCUGACGGCAGACGGAACCCCCCUCAUAGGAGUCAAUGUUACCUUCGUCCACUACCCCGACCACGGAUACACCGUCACGCGCAAGGACGGCAUGUUCGACCUGUUGACCAACGGUGGGGCCAGUCUGACCCUGAGUUUCGAGCGGGCUCCGUUCCUGAUACAGUACCGCACCGUGUGGAUCCCCUGGAACGUCUUCUAUGUCAUGGACACCCUGGUCAUGAAGAAGGAGGAGAAUGACAUCCCCAGCUGUGACCUGAGUGGUUUCAUCAGGCCCAGUCCUGUCAUCGUGGCCUCUCCCCUCUCUACCUGCUUCAGGUCCUCACCAGAGGAUGGGCCCAUCAUACCUGAGACACAGGUCCUCCAGGAGGAGACGUCAAUCCCGGGCAGCGACCUCAACCUGCUGUACCUGGGCAGCAGGGCGGCCGGCUACAAGCCUGUCCUCAAGGUCACCAUGACCCAGGCCAGUGUGCCCUUCAACCUCAUGAAGGUGCACCUGAUGGUGGCGGUGGUGGGGCGUCUGUUCCAGAAGUGGUUCCCUGCCCAGCCCAACCUCUCCUACACCUUCAUCUGGGACAAGACAGACGCUUACAACCAGAAGGUCUACGGCUUGUCUGAGGCAGUCGUGUCCGUGGGUUUUGAGUACGAGUCGUGUCUGGACCUGAUCCUGUGGGAGAAGAGGACAGCCACACUGCAGGGCUAUGAGCUCGACGCGUCCAACAUGGGAGGCUGGACGCUGGACAAACACCAUAUACUGGAUAUCCAGAAUGGUAGGAACAUGACUGCACACACACACACACACACACACCAAGCACACAUGCGUGUACCUCUCCACACACACACAAACAAACUCACAUUUACACACAUGCACACACACCCAAUCAGAAACUAUUCCAAUCAGUGCCGAUCUCUGGGCACGGGUGGGCAGAGUGGGCCCGGGCCUGUAGGUAGUGGUACGGGGCGUGUGUUUGUUCCAAUGGCCCUCAGGAGACAGGGCAUGGCACAGCACAGAGCAGUGGAGCAGGUGAACACACCGCCUCAGGAGCGCGGACCCUCCUCCCCCUCCCCAUCCCUCUUCCCCUUCACCCCCCCUCCCUACGGGAUCAGCAGUGGAGCAGAAGAACGGGUACAUCUACUUCUACUAAAUCUCCUUCCUUUCCCUCUCUGUCCCGCUACUCCAUGUAUUACGGUAGAUAAUAAUUGGUACAUCUACUUCUUACCUCUCAUCACUUUCCCUCUCUGCCCCACUACUCCAGGUAUUACGGUAGAUAAGAACGGGUACAUCUACUUCUUACCUCUCAUCACUUUCCCUCUCUGCCCCACUACUCCAGGUGUUACGGUAGAUAAGAACGGGUACAUCUACUUCUUACCUCUCAUCACUUUCCCUCUCUGCCCUACUACUCCAGGUAUUACGGUAGAUAAGAACGGGUACAUCUACUUCUUACCUCUCAUCACUUUCCCUCUCUGCCCCACUACUCCAGGUAUUACGGUAGAUAAGAACGGGUACAUCUACUUCGUAGACGGGACCAUGAUCAGGAAGGUGGAUCGUAACGGGAUCAUCUCCACCCUGUUGGGCUCCAACGACCUCACCUCAGCACGACCCCUGACCUGUGACACCAGCAUGCACAUCAGACAGGUUCGUCUGGAGUGGCCCACAGCUCUGGCCAUCAACCCCAUGGAUAAUUCCAUCUAUGUCCUGGACAACAACGUGGUGCUCCAGAUCACUGAGAACAGACAGGUGCGCAUCGUGGCGGGACGCCCCAUGCACUGCCAGGUGCCGGGUAUAGAAUACACGCUGGGCAAGCGGGCGGUGCAGACCAUGCUGGAGGGAGCUGCCGCCAUCGCCCUGUCCUACAGUGGCGUGCUCUACAUCGCCGAGACUGAUGAGAAGAAGAUACACCGCAUCCGCCAGGUGUCCACGGGCGGCGAUAUCACGCCCUUGGCCGGAGCUCUGUCCGACUGCGACUGCAAGAACGACGCCAACUGCGACUGCUACCAGACAGGCGACGGCUACGCCAAAGACGCCCGCCUCAACUCGCCCUCCUCGCUGGUCGUCUCGCCCGACGGUACGCUCUACGUGGCCGACCUGGGCAACAUCCGCAUCCGCGCCGUCCGCCGCAACCAACCGCCGUCGGGCUCCGCCGUCUCCGGCCCGGGCUCCUUCGAGGUGGCCUCGCCGUCGUCCCAGGAGCUCUACGUGUUUGAUUCCAACGGAACCCACCAGUUCACCAUGUCUCUCGUCACCGGGGACUACAAGUACAACUUCAGCUAUAGCAACGAGGAGGACGUUACAGCCGUGACGGAUAGUAGUGGCAACACCUUGAGGAUCCGCCGCGACCCCAACCGGAUGCCGGUGCGGAUCGUGGCCCCGGACAACCAGGUGAUCUGGCUGACAAUCGGGACCAAUGGCGGGUUGAAGACACUGACGGCCCAGGGACAGGAGCUGGUGCUGUUCACCUACCACGGCAACAGUGGGCUGCUCGCCACCAAGACCAUACAGAUAGGAUGGACCACCUUCUAUGAUUAUGACAGUGAGGGUCGUCUAACCAACGUGACAUUCCCUACGGGGGUGGUGACCAACCUGCACGGGGACAUGACCGGGGCCAUCACGGUGGACAUUGAGACGUCCGGCCGUGACGAGGACGUCAGCAUCACCACCAACCUCUCCUCCAUUGACUCCUUCUACACACUGGUCCAGGACCAACUAAGGAACAGCUACCAGGUGGGCUACGACCACUCUCUGAGGGUGAUCUAUGCCAACGGGAUGGACACACACUACCAGACGGAGCCCCACAUCCUGGCGGGCGCUGCCAACCCCACGGUGGCACGGAGGAACAUGACGCUGCCCGGGGAGAACGGGCAGAACCUGGUGGAGUGGCGCUUCCGCAAAGAGCAGACCCGGGGGAAAGUCAUCGUGUUCGGGAGGAAGCUCAGGGUGAACGGCAGAAACCUUCUCUCGGUGGAUUACGACCGAACUCUCCGGACAGAAAAGAUCUACGACGACCACAGGAAGUUCCUGCUGAAGAUCGUGUAUGACACCCAGGGCCACCCUACUCUGUGGGUCCCCAGCAGUAAGCUGCUGUCAGUCAACCUUACCUACUCCAGCACGGGGCAGGUGACCAGCCUACAGAGGGGUCCCACCACCGAGAGGGUGGAGUACGAUGGUCAAGGGAGGAUUGUGUCCCGAGUGUUCGCCGAUGGAAAGACCUGGAGUUAUACAUACCUGGAUAAGUCCAUGGUGCUCCUGCUCCACAGCCAGCGUCAGUACAUCUUUGACUACGACCUGUUGGACCGCCUGUCUGCUGUCACCAUGCCUUCGGUGGCCCGUCACACCAUGCAGACCAUCCGCUCCCUGGGCUACUAUCGCAACAUUUACAACCCCCCGGAGAGCAACGCCUCGGUCACCGUCGACUACAGCGAAGACGGACAGCUCCUCAGAGUGGCCCACCUAGGGACAGGUCGUAGAAUUCUUUACAAGUACCGACGACAGAACAAAAUGGCGGAGAUCUUGUAUGAUUCUACGAGGGUUAGCUUCACCUACGACGAGACAGCUGGUGUGCUGAAGACGGUGAACCUCCAGAGCGAAGGGUUCAUCUGUUCCAUCCGGUACCGGCAGAUUGGACCGUUGGUGGACCGGCAGAUCUUCCGGUUCAGUGAGGACGGCAUGGUGAACGCACGGUUUGAUUAUACCUACGACAACAGCUUCCGGGUCACCAGCAUGCAGGCUGUCAUCAACGAGACGCCGCUGCCCAUCGACCUCUACCAGUUUGACGACAUCUCCGGGAAGGUGGAACAAUUCGGAAAGUUCGGCGUGAUCUACUACGACAUCAACCAGAUCAUCUCCACGGCCGUCAUGACCUACACCAAGCACUUCGACGUCCACGGGCGGAUCAAGGAGAUCCAGUACGAGAUCUUCAGAUCCCUCAUGUACUGGAUCACCAUCCAGUAUGACAACAUGGGCCGGGUGACCAAACGCGAGAUCAAGAUCGGACCGUUCGCCAACACGACCAAGUAUGGUUACGAGUACGACGUGGACGGUCAGCUCCAGACGGUCUACCUCAACGAGAAGAUGAUGUGGCGCUACAACUACGACCUGAACGGCAACCUCCACCUGCUCAACCCGGGUAACAGCGCCCGGCUCACCCCGCUACGCUACGACCUCCGAGACCGCAUCACGCGGCUCGGGGACGUUCAGUACCGGUUGGACGAUGACGGGUUCCUGAGACAGAGAGGAGCUGAGAUCUUUGAGUACAACUCCAAGGGCCUUCUGGAACGUGUCUACAGCAAAGGCAACAGUUGGACCAUCCAGUACCGCUACGACGGGUUGGGCCGCCGUGUGGCCUCCAGAACCAGCCUGGGCCAGCACCUGCAGUUCUUCUAUGCAGACCUGAACUACCCGACCAGGAUCACUCACGUCUACAACCACAGCAGCUCAGAGAUCACGUCUCUCUACUACGACCUGCAGGGACACCUCUUCGCCAUGGAGAUCAGUAGCGGAGAGGAGUUCUAUAUCGCCUGUGACAACACCGGAACCCCUCUAGCAGUGUUCAGUAGUAAUGGGCUUCUCCUGAAGCAGGUGCAGUACACGGCCUACGGCGAGGUCUACUUUGACUCCAACCCCGACUUUGUCCUGGUGAUCGGCUUCCACGGGGGUCUCUACGACCCCCUGACCCGCCUGCUGCAUUUCGGCGACCGGGACUAUGACAUCCCGGCGGGGCGCUGGACCACCCCAGAUAUCGGGACGUGGACGAGAGUCGGGAAAGACCCGGCGCCGUUCAACCUGUACAUGUUCCGGAACAACAACCCUGUCAGCAAAGUUCACGAGGUCAAGGAGUACGUCACAGAUGUCAAUAUCUGGCUGGUGACGUUUGGGUUCCACCUUCACAACGCCAUCCCCGGGUUCCCCAUCCCCAAGUUCGACCUCACACAGCCAUCCCUGGAGAUGAAGAAGAGCCAGCUCUGGGACGACCUGCCGUCCAUCUCGGGGGUGCAACAGGAAGUGACCCGGCAAGCCAAGGCUUUCCUGUCCUUCGAGAGGAUGCCGGAGAUCCAGCUGAGCCGCCGGCGCUCCAACCGGGAGAAACCCUGGCUGUGGUUCGCCACCGCCAAGUCGCUGAUCGGUAAGGGUGUCAUGUUGGCGGUGACGCAGGGACGUGUGGUCACCAAUGCUCUGAACAUCGCCAACGAGGACUGCAUCAAGGUCGCCGCCGUCCUCAACAAUGCGUUCUACCUGGAGGACCUGCACUUCACGGUGGAGGGACGCGACACGCACUACUUCAUCAAGACCAGCCUCCCGGAGAGCGACCUGGGAGCGCUGAGGCUGACAAGCGGGAGGAAGUCGCUGGAGAACGGCGUCAACGUGACUGUGUCCCAGUCCACCACCGUGGUGAACGGCAGAACUCGGCGCUUCGCCGACGUGGAGCUGCAGUACGGCGCUCUAGCGCUCCACGUGCGCUACGGCAUGACUCUGGACGAGGAGAAGGCGCGUGUUCUGGAGCAGGCCAGGCAGAAGGCGUUGUCGAGUGCUUGGUCCAGGGAGCAACAACGGGUGAGGGAGGGGGAGGAGGGGGUGAGGCUGUGGACGGAGGGGGAGAAGAGGCAGCUGCUGAGCGGAGGGAAGGUGCUGGGCUACGACGGGUACUACGUCCUCUCCAUAGAGCAGUACCCCGAGCUAGCAGACUCCGCUAACAACAUCCAGUUCCUCAGGCAGAGUGAAAUAGGGAAGAGGUAACAGACAGAACCCUCGGCACUGGCCGCCAAAGAGACUACCCCCUCCAAAUCCUGCCCCCCAACCUCCCUCGCCUCCCCCCUUUUCUCUCAAAAGGGGGAGGGUCCAGGCUAGUGCUGUGUUUAGCGCCGACUAGCUGAAACAAACAGUAAAAUGUAGAAAUAUCUCAAACUGAACUAUACCUAAUACUACCACUGUGGGGCCUGAAAAUCAAACAAAACGGCUCCAACUGACGCAAAUGUUUGUCCCAUGUGCUAUACAGCAUUGAAUGGACUGUGGACUCUCUUGAAGAGAGAAAAAAAAGUCAAAACUCUCGGUUUGUGAAAGGAGAAAAAAAAGUUUUUUGUUAAAUAGACUUCCUGAAUUUGCUUUCGGAAAAACUAUUUGAAAAAGGAAGAAGAAAUGUGUUUACGUACCACUACAACACGUCUGGACUAUAGACUAACGUCUAUAAUCUGAUUCUACAUCCUGAUGACUGACCUUUGACCUUUGCGUACUGAAAAAGGUAGUGUUGUUGUUCGCAGUAGGACCAUGAGUCUCCAAUGGUGGUAACUAGACAGUUAAAACCACUUGUUGAAACCACUUGCUUGUUCUUCUGCUUUUCUUUCCAAAAGGGACAAAACAGCUCCCACCAAGUGACAUCUUUACCAAUACUAGAUCAAAGUGGGACGUUUUGGGAAUCGGGAGGUUGUGUGCCUGUCUGUCUGUCUGUCUGUCUGUCUGUCUGUCUGUGUGUGUGUGUGUGUGUGUGUGUGUGUGUGUGUGUGUGUGUGUGUGUGUGUGUGUGUGUGUGUGUGUGUGUGUGUGUGUGUGUGUGUGUGUAUACAAUGGAGACAAUUUGUGUGUGUAUGUAUGGAGGAAGUUAAUCAAUUAAAUGAAAUGAAAGAAUCAUAUCCAACCAAUCUUUUGAAAAACAAUGUGAGACAGUAUCUUUAUGGAUUUUUUUAUUAAGAUGAAAAAUUCCAAACUUAUCCGUACAUCAAUAUUAGCCUCUUAGAGAAAGUCAUUUAUGUACAGUGUUUAUACAUAAAAAAUAAAAUUGUAAAAAAUAUGAAGAUUUUUUUUUUCCUUCGUCAUGCAUUACUGUUUAUACUCUUCAUUAAGUUUUCAAUAUUUUAUCCUAUUAUAAUUCAUGGUAAUGCUUAUUGAAAUAACAUUUUAAAAAAUCAACCCUACUGUAUUGUUGAUUUCUGCAUUGAGAAUAUUCGGGUUUGGGUUUUACAUUUUCUUGCCUAUCAGAUUCCCUGAUAUCUGAGACGAACCACGUUUUGUUUUGGCACUUAUAUUUUGUAUUCGAAAAGUGUCAGUUGAAUGGUCGAUGUCAGUCAGACAACCAUAUGUCUUAGGAAAUACUAGACUACUACUAUCAAGGGCAGCAGAAUAGUUUGGCUGUACGGUACGGUAGUAUAUCCUACCUUGUGGAAAUAGCCUUUCAACCUGAAGUCCUUUUGAGUAGGACACAGGGAAGGGUUGCCCUUCUCAGCAAGAGGGUUUGAAAAUAAAACACCUUGGUUGUCUUACCUAAAUAUAGUUUCUGCCUUUCCUAUAACAAAUCCAAGCUGUUCCUUAGAUCUCUGCUCAGCUCAAACGUGAAGGCUUCUCAUAAUCACUAUUAAGGAUGGAAAAUUCCAAAAAUGUUCCCAAAAUUCCCAGGUUUUCCAGAAAGAUUCAUCCAAUUGAGAAUGAUGAAAAACCUGGUAAUUUUGGGAUGGUUUCCAGAAUUUUCCAGUCCGAACCACUAUAGCUCUUUGCUCUUUCUCUACCUACGUUAGGAAGAGCUGAACUCAUGUUCCUUGUACCAGCACAGAGAGCACAGACAGGGCUGCAGCAGUGAGAACUGAACAGAACCAAAUACGAGCCUCUUGACUUGAACAGAGACAACACCACCAUAAUCCAAGGGACCAUUUAACAUGCUCCUAAAUGUAUUCCUCCAACUUCACUUUUUAUCCUCAACAUGGCUUGAAAGCAAGAUAUUACAAACACAAUCACAUCAAACGGUUCAUUAGAUAGAGCAAAGGGGCAGAGUUUAGCUCGAGUUCUGGAGGGGAAAAGAGAGAGCGAAUAAACCUGGGAAAAGCCUAGAAACGGCUCUAUGUGCACUCUGGGUAAUUUUUCCGACAUAGCCUAAAUGGCUAGUGAGUGUAGUGUAAAGGAGAUGCCAGGGCGAUGAAGAUGACAUCAGCACUAUGAACUAACUCUCCCUACUCCCUACUCAUCUCUCUGCCUGAGGGGGAUAACACACAUAUUCACCCACAGAAAGAGAAAGAAACGUUUUUUUAACACCAAACUAUGACCAUUUCAAAGAUUUUAGUUGUUGUGAUGAUCUGAACCACACUUGAGGAAACUUAGCCAGUCACACGAACUCUACAUCCCCAUGAGCCAUACCCAAACGCAGAUUAGCGUUUUUCGUCAUGAAUGUUGUUCUGGAGGCAGCUCUGCAGAGUGGUCACUAGCUGGCUCAGCCAUGAAGUCAUAACAUUAACACUAACCUUAACCAUACUACUAACCCUAAUGCCUAAUCCUAUCCUUGAAUUAAGACCAAAAAGCACAUUUUAGUUUUCGUGGAUUUUUCCAAUAUAGCCAACUUUGACUUUCCAGCUGGCCCUAAGGGGAAAACACUCUGUUGUGCCUCUAGGACAAGACUCGUGAAAAUAAGCGUCAACCUGCCACCCAAACAGAAGAUUACAACACCCUUUCUCAAAUUUUUUCCAUGUUGCUUUUUCAGUCAAUGUGACCGCCUCAUACAGUAGUUCAAAUCUGUUUCCUUUGUAAACAGAUUGUAAAAAUAAAAAAAAACGACGAAUGAGAAAGUAUUGUUUUUUGCUUUGUGAUUUUUUUCAAUAUAUAUAUAUAUAUAUCAAUCAUUGAAUUGUAUUGCCGAGCUUAUUUUUCUAUUCAUGUGUGUGACAAGGUGGACAAAAGGUGGAAGGACUUAUACUGCCAGGUUGUUUGCGUGUUGGUUUUACUACAUUGUUGUCAGAUUUUCUCUGGUGUUAUUGGUUGGUCUUGGUCUGUACCAUGUGCCAUUUAUUCUGCAGGGGGAAUCCUAGUUGAUCCUACCCCAGCUGUAUCACAUUGCUACUAUGAUGCCCCCCUCUCCCCCAUCGUCAGCUGAAAGUGCAGUAGCCCAGCCACAUACAGUGGCUUAAGAUCAGGACUCAACAUACUGAGUUUUCCUUUUGACUUUGCUGAUCUCUCAAAAUAACACUUCCCCCAAAUGAGACAAACAUACACUUUUAGUGCUGUUCUGUUUUACUCAGUCGAAUGUUGCAGUCUAACAAUGUGUUAGACACCUCCUAUUGGAGCGGACACACACGUGCUAGAAGGAGGGGAGCAUAUGGUGUUUCGGGGUUGAAAAAGGGGUCAUCCCACAAACAUGCAGGAAGCAGUGUGCUCUGGGUAUUGUUUGCAUGCUUACAAAGUAAAACGCCCGUCCAUCCGUCAGUCAUUGUUUCCCAUCCAUGUUAGAACAGACAUUUACAUAUCUACAUGGUUAAAUGCUUCUGUAUUAUAUUGCACUACAAUGUAACAGCGUUAUUGCUUAAUGCGUAGUCCAUACAAUAACCUUAAAGUGCUGGUUGAUGCCAGGCCAUAGACCUUUAUGUCUGUCCUCUAGUUAGAAGCUUCCCCUUAGGCACAGAUCUAGGAUCAGCCUCCAACUCCAAUCCUACUUAACCAUUAGGGGGUAAAACACAAAACUGGCCUUAGAUCAGUGUCUCUAAAAGCAUCAUACCUACCUUCCGCUUUGUCUGAAGACGGUGAUUAGGUAGAGGAAUUUCCUUUCUCAAAGAACUUCCUGACUUUAGAAGGAGAGGCUCAUGGGAUUGGGACCACUGCUGACCGAAACGCUGAGUCAUGCUCCAGCGUCGUGCACCAGCAUCGUCAUAAAUAUUAUAUUGCCGCCAUUUUGUUUUUAGAAGUGAUGAAGAAGGAGAAUGAUGUCUAUAGUGAUGUCACCACUAGCACCACCACAGCCACCUCUCACCCUAUCACAAAAAACACACGUCUGUUUAGCGAUGUCACACAGUUUACAGAGCUGAAGGGACAGCAAACACUGCAACGUUGAGACAACGUUGUGUGGUGGUUGUGUGUUAGCUGGGAAUUUGAGCAAAGAAAAUGUCUUUUUAUUUUUGUUAAGACCCUGUUGUCCAGAGUCACAGGUUAGCUGAUGUUUUGGUGUUUGGAGAUUGAGGGAAUUUGAUAAAGAUUUUUCUAUGUAUUUUGUCAUUUCUUUUCGUUCUCUGAAAAUGAAACCGACGGGCGAAAAGUGAUCUUAAUUGUAACGUGUCAGUCAGUCCUCUCUUUGUAAAGAAGUUACAACAUAUCUUUUUAAUUUAUUUAGAGAUUUGUUCAUUUUUUUCUUGUCUUUUUUUCAAUCAGCAUCAUCCGCGAAAGUUUCAUCAUAAUGAUAUUGUUUUUAUAUAAACAAACAUUGCUGUUUUAGAGUGCAAUUAAAGUGCAAUUUUAAUGUAAGCUCCGAAAGGUCAUUUCCGGGGAUGCAAUCCCUUUUAUCUCCCAGAUGUUAAAGAUCCAACAGAGAUCAAUCAUGAUAACAAUAAACAUGUCAUACUGUAAAGGUUUCUGAA